UGUUACCUUUGACCUUAUCAAAAUGGCGGCAAGAUUUGGAGUUCGAUCUCGGAACACAUAAACUUUCACGAUUUUAUCGAAAAAGGAAGACUUUUUCUCUACAUUACCGAUUACAUACCGAAGGCGAGAUGCGUUUUCGAGCAAAGAUCGUCGAUAUCGCCUGCAUACAGCAUUUCACGCGAGUGGUCUCUACCAUCUCGAAGCUGUGUAAGACCUGCACCUUCCGACUGACUCCUGGGAAAAUCUACUUCAUCCUGUCUGAACAGGUGGCUAACGGCGGGGUCAGUAUGUGGUGUGAGCUGCCGCAGGCGAACUUCUUUGACCAGUUCCAGAUGGACGGAGUGUCUACCGAGGAUAAUGAAAUCUACCUGGAGCUGGUACCAGACAACAUGAGCCGAGCGCUCAAGUCUGCACAGGCUGCAAAACUGGUCAAAAUCAAACUCACCAAGAAACAUGCUGCAUGUCUUACCUUUGAAAUUGAACUGCCCUCCCUGACGAACCAGUCGCGAACAGUUGUCCAUGAUGUACCAGUAAACGUGAUCGCUCGCCGACUGUGGGGAGAGUAUCAGGAACCAGCCAUGCCUCAAUUUGACGUGAGUGUGUACCUGCCUCCUCUUAAGACAAUCAAAACUGUGGUGGAGAAAAUGAAGAACCUGUCUAAUUUUCUGGUGCUCUCGGCCAAUAGGAACGGAGACAUGACCCUGAAGGUGGAGACUGACCUGGCCUCGGUCACGACACUGUUCCGAGAUCUGGAGACUCCCUCCUGGUCGAGAGAAGAAGAGUCAGGCCUGUGUCCGAGUGACCGUGACCCUGAGGAGAUGGCCGAGGCUCGUGUAGACAUCAGGAAGUUCUCUCAGUUCCUGGUGGGGCAACAGGUCAACCCUGACAGGAUCAUAUGCAACAUUGUUGAUGGGAACAUUCUUCACUUCUUUGUUCUACAUGAAGAUUUGUCUCUUCAGUACUUCAUUCCUACAGUUGCAGUUUGAGAAAGAUAUUGUAGCGG